UUGCACGCUUUUGUUGUAAUUGAGAUAGUGUUAAUCAUUCUGUCUCGAAAUUUGACGUCGAUAUGGUGUGUUUAGUGUUAGUUGCGGUGGCUGCUUGCCUCGGGGCCGCCUUCGCUGGACGACAUGACAUUUAUUCCGGGUAUUCAGUGCACCACGUGUCGGUGCAGACGGCGGAACACAGCGCGCUGCUGCACUCGUUGGAGGAGUCACUGUCGCUGGACGUGUGGCAGCACGGCGCGCCCGAUCGCGCCGCCGUCGUCAUGGUCGCGCCGCAGCACCGGCGCCGGCUGCUGCGUACCCUGGACGACCACGACGUGCCCCACACCACGCACCGCGCUGAUGUUGCUAAGAUGCUUGAAGAGUACGAUGCUCGGCUGGCAGCGUGGCGGAGCAGCAGAAGCUCCAGACUGGCACCGUUCGAUGACUUCCCACGAUAUAACGACGUUGACGAAUAUUUGGAGCGUAUAGCGUUGCAGUACCCUGACUUGGUCACGUUGGUUAACGCCGGGCCGAGUUGGGAGGGACGGGAUAUCAAAUAUUUGAAGAUAUCGACGACAAACUUCACGGAUGCCUCGAAACCCAUCUACUUCCUGGACGCGACGAUCCACGCGCGCGAGUGGGUGACCACGCCCGUGGCGCUGUACAGCAUCCACCGGCUGGUGGAGGACCUGCGCGCGCAGGACUGGGAUCUGCUGAACGACGUCGACUGGAUCAUACUGCCCAUCGUCAACCCUGACGGCUACGAGUACACUCACACUAAUGAGCGUCUCUGGCGCAGAACUCGUUCGUACAGACCCGACGUCAACGCAACCUGCUACGGAGUGGACGCCAACAGAAACUUCGACGUAGCUUUCAACACCGUCGGUGUCUCCUCCAACCAUUGCGAUCAGACCUACCCGGGGACCGAAGCGUUCUCCGAACCGGAGACGAGAUACGUCCGGGACAUCAUGUUGGAACAUCUAGAGAGGAUCCAGAUAUAUUUAAACAUUCAUAGCCACGGGAAUUGGGUGUUGUAUGGAUUCGGCAAUGCCAGUAUUCCGGAUAAUGGUGUGCAGCUAUUCCACGUUGGAGCGGCAAUGGGAGCAGCAAUAGACGCACGCAAGCUGCCGAUAGCCCUCUUCUACAGAGUCGGUAACAGCGCUAUUCUGCUAUAUCCCACUUCUGGCAGCGCCCAGGACUACGCUCAGUCAAUCGGCAUUCCGCUGUCGUACACGCUGGAGCUCCCCGGCUACGGUGUGCAGUUCGAGGUGCCUCCGGAGUACAUCAAUCAGAUCAACUCGGAGACCUGGGAAGGCAUCGCAGCCUCUGCCCGUCUCGCUCGAUCCUACUACCAAGCUAGAGUCUAGUCUUGUUUGAGAGGGACCUGAAUAAUAUGGGAAUGUAUAGCGUGUUCAGCCUCUUUAUUUCUGUUUAAAUAAAGACCUCUAAAAGUGAAAGUACGCAGUGAACUGAACAGUUUUUCCUGAAGUGACAUUUUGGCUCUUUUUAUAAUUCUAUGAAACCAGAUAGUUGAUAAUAUUUUGUUUUGAUCACUAUUCGAAGGCCCUUAUAUUAAUAGGAAUACCAGUGAUAAAAUUACUGUGGUAAUGAUAAUAUUUUCAAAAAUACGACGAAAAUAAAAUUACACAACUUACUAAAAUGUACUUUCCAACAAACUUUGAUAUUUAAAUCUUCGUAUAAUGAUCCAUCUGCAUUCUAUAAAUUAUCAUAAUGAUCCUAAAUAUAUAUAUUUUAUCUACAUAUUCCCUGACCUAUAUAAGAACAUUCAUUAGUCUGAUCCGACGAGUGAAGGUUGUCAUGCACUGGACAUCAUCGUGUUACAGAAUUUAGCAAGAACUUUUAUUAAAUUUAUGUUGUGUUAAAAAUUACUUCAUUUUUCUUGUGUUAUAAUCACAUUUUUAAGCGACAUAUAACUUAACUGUUGUAUUAAGCCGUUGACGAAAUAAUUAACUAUUUGUUUUUAAACUUUUGUGUUUACCGAGUUCUAGAAUGGAGGCUUUCGUGAUGUGAACUUUCACAUCACGAAAGCCUCCAUUCUCCAUAUGAGAUAAGUACGUAGUCUACACAAACGAACAUAAAGUUUGUCAUGUCAUGUACUGGGUAUAUCCAAAAUCAUGAUUGAUUACGUAUGUCAUAAAUAAUGCACUAUAUAGCACCACCUCGCAAUCUCUAUUUGGUCUAAUGAUUGUUUCACUGUGCUCACCAUCUUUUUGACGGGCUGGAUCUGCGUUUGUUGCACGUGUAUGUUUCCUUCCACGCAUAAUUCUCGUGCCUUGAAUAUAUUAAUCAACAAUAUUAGUUAGAACCAGCGCAUCGAUCAAUUUAAUGGCUAGCAAAUUAACUGCGUCGAAUGGACCGUUUCGGCAUUUCGGUAUUAGGUAAUUAAUGAGGCUAGGGCGUACAUCGAAUAAUGAUGUUGUUUAUUUAUAUUAAUUACAACCUGGGAAACUGGUAUUUUAUGUUAAAAUUUAAACUAUGAACUUUUUACUGAUUGGUAUACUCUCAUAUAGCACGCGUAGCAUUCGAAACUAGGACAUGUCAUAGUACACCUAUCAUAUUUUAUUCCCAUUACCUUCUUUUUCCAAGGUAGGUUAAAGAGGUACAAGAACGCCUAGACAUUCAGGUGUCCUAAAUGUAUGCGCGUCUAAAACGUUUUGUCUGGGCCGAGCCGGGAUUAGAACCCGACACUUUAUUACAAGAGUCAGCGGAUUACGCCCGGACGAGCGCUCAGUGCGGCAGCAAGCGUUUUUAGUUUAUAUGUAUCAUUAUAACGUGCGCAGAAAAACGCGCAUGUUAAAAUCAAUGUCAAAGUUAACGGUGCAACUCACACUUAGUCUACUAUCGAGCUGAACGUGUCGCAAAUUUUUGCAGUCUCACUGACAUGAACAGAAAAUAACCAUAUCAGCGUAGUGUGGGCCGAUUGCAGGGGGCGAAAGUUAUAUUUAGUACAUGCGCUCGCGCCGAUGAUAUAAUAUUUAAUAAUAAUGCUAAAAGAAGUGUAUAUUUACAACUUGUGUAUAAAUAUAACGAAUACAUUAUACUUUUAUCAA